AUGUACGGAUGCUCUUUGACCACGGAGAGAUUGGUGUUGAGAAAAUUAUGCACAGUUGAAGAGGGAGUAGCUCACCCGCUUUUGAUUCCCGGGCUGCUCACCGAGCUAGAAUUGAUCAGGCAUACACGUCUGGUUGAGUCGAGCAUCACCGACGUGGAAACUAGAAUCCUGGAUCUCAAUAUACAAGCAGAAACUCUAUCCAGUUUUCGACCGGCCGAGAUAGAACGGAGGAAUCAAGCGAAGCGUAGUGCAUGGCUAGAUUUGACAUACCUGAGGAAUUCUCUGGUCACAUGGACUGAACAGCUUCAAAAGAUGAUUGAUCACGCUCAAGUCUUGAAGUCAGGCUAUUUCAAUGAGUCUUUUGAGACUUUUGAUAUCGGAUCUCCUCAGCAACCGGACAACAAAUCCGCUCAGUGUAUCGAAUUGACACCGCCAAGGAAUUCUACCGCCUUUAUGAUAGACGACCGACAGCAAGACACAGACGUCAGAAGCGUAUCACAGGCCAUCAGUUACAGCGAGAGGCAGUACCGCUACAGUCAAGAGCCAUCCGACAUCUACAGGCCAACAAGCACGUGCAAUGGCACCUGCAACCUGCCGGAUGCUGAGAUAGCACACGCGCAACAGAUGCGAACUGUUGGAGCCAAAAUAGCAGGCAGACUGGUUUCUAUACGCGAUGAGUACAAAGAGAAGAUUAGAGACUGCACAAUGCGCGUAGAUGGCAUGGCCAUGGCGACCCAAUGGUCGCACAGUGAGACUGCUGUUGAUAUCGCCUUAGCAACAAGCCGCGACUCUAGAGUCAUGCGGUCCAUCUCCCUAGUCACCAUGGUAUUCCUUCCUGGAACGUUCUUCGCAACUGUCUUCUCUAUGACGUUUUUCGAUUGGCACGACCAAAGCGGCGGUGCGCGUGUAUCGAGCUAUCUAUGGAUUUACAUCGUUGUUACUGUCUUCUUCACGUCCAUUACUAUUGGACUCUGGUACUUCUUCGUCAUGUUUCGCCGGAAAGGACGAAGAGCUGGCGAUGAAGAGAACGAGGUAUUGUAA